CCAUUCUUCUGGUAUAUAAGCAACUUGUUCUGCUUGGGUUUGUUCAGCAUUUGUGGUGUCCCAGUUCCUUUAGUGUUCCUGUUGUUGAUUGGCUAAAGAGAUUCCAUGACCAUGUUGACCAGUCUUCUGCUUCUCAGUGCUGCCUUUGCUCUGGGAGAUGCAAAUGCAUUGAUAGAAGAAGACUUGUGUCCUUCCGGUUGGACCAAAUAUGGAUCAAUCUGUUUAAUGUUUGUAAAGACUACGAGGAGCUGGCCUGAAGCAGAGCGGUACUGUGUGUCCCUUGGUGAUCAACUGGUGUCUGUACCCAACGUUGUCGAGUACCUUGGCGCAAACCUGGCAUCUGUGCACAGCUCCGAGGAGGACCAGUUUCUACAGGCGUUGGUCUUGGUCAAGACUGUUAGUUUCCCUCCUACCUGGAUUGGCGGAUUUUAUUCUGUUAAGGACAGGCGGUGGUUCUGGAGUGAUGGCUCCGACUUUGAUCACCAGAACUGGGCUGAAGGAAGGCCUGGUGCUGGUGCCAUCGAGACUUGUAUUCAUAUCAACUUUGGAGGUACAGUAAACCCAGUAUCAUUCACUGAUCCAGUCAUCAAAUUAAACUUAUUCCUUGUUCAUUUAACUAAUGAAUGUCUCCUGUGGACUUUCCUACUGUCUGUACAGCUGAGUAUCUGUGUUCUGUGUUUCAUCUUCAGUUUCAACCCAAUGAUUCGUCUGACAAACAAAGACCUUUCCGUCCAGCAGGCCCAGGCAUGGAUCAAAAUUGGCGAGACAUUCAAUAACGUCGUCUUCACAGAUGAAUCAACCGUGGCCCUUGAGCAAUUUGCUCCAGAAUAA